AUGAAAGGAAUCCCGAAUGGAGUCCUAGAGGAUAUCUUAGCGAAGCAUGUUCCCGAGGGCGCCGAGAUCACAAACGGCGCCGUGGACGUCGUUGCCGCAUGCACUGAAGAAUUCGUUCGCGUGCUCCUGGCAAGAACCAACGAGAUUGCGCGCGGCCAAGCAAAGAAUGACUUGGUGCGAAUGAUGCCUGGUCAUGUGCUGCAAGCGCUCGAAGCGUUUCCAGGCCUGCAUGCGAAAAUGCCAUGCCUCGAGGACUCGCAGUCCAAGAAAGCUGGCGCGUCGAAGAAGCGAAAGUCACGGGCCAAAGCGCACAAUGCCGACGACGACGCCGACCUCAAGGCGGAGCAAGCCGCGCUGUUCAAGCGCGCCGCCGCCGAAUCCCAGCAUCGCCACAUUGUCGUUCCGAAGAUCAUUCCUUCCACAGAGUAUCGCGAUGAGUAGUUGCGUUGGAGUUGCCCAGUUAGUUAGCUUUGGCGGUAAUCCUGAAUGACGUGGCGCGUUCACCGACCACAAAUGUUC